GUGUUGAGCUUCACUAAAUUCUUCGCCGACCUUGCUACCUGCCUCAUUCAAGGACUGGAGAAUGACAACCAGAUGUUCAUCGGUGUUCUUCUUCAUCACCGCUGUGGCAAUUCUAUCAUUUUUAUCCGGUGUAACUCCUCAAGCUAAGGAUGCUUACAAAAGUGCUAUGGAUGUGGCAAAAGAUGUGUGUCAUAUGAGUGAAAGAGAGUUUCGAAACUACGUCUCAGCUGCUGAAAAAUUCAAACUGCAGUUAUACGAGCACCUAUCAAAGUGUCCCACAAAGUGUCACAAAGAGCUCUAUAAAAAAGCACUGGCCAUACAGUUCAAAUUCAACAAGCUAACCCUAGCAGCGAAAGGAUUCCUUGUCCAGAUCCUAGGAUAUGCGAUAGAAGAAAUGGACGAGAAAGUGUUAAAAAUUCAGAGCGUACGGAGGGAUUUUGAUAUUUUGCGUGUCGAUAAAAAUUCAUGUGAAGGCCUUCUACAUGCGUUUCCUGAGUUGAAAAAAUUAGGCAAUUGCUGAAGCUAAUUUGCGGUCCAAUCAAAACAGAAUCAAAGAAUUUCGUCACUUCGAAGCGCUGAUUUUCGUGUGAUCUAUAAUAGAAAGGUUAUCUGUAUCAUUAUAUAAACCGCAUUUGUAUGUUCUUUUACAAAAGAAUAUAUUUCUAUCACUCCGAU